UUUAGUCAAACCUAUCCAAGUAUCAGUCUCUCGCUGUAUCUUCCUUAGUGUUGUCAUAGUUUGAAUUCGCUCUCCACAUUCUACUAGUUACCGACAGAAGGAAUAUUGUCCGCUGUCAACUGGCACGAGUUCCACCAUCGUCAAACCAAGUUUAAUCCAGCUGUAUAGUUUCGUAAACAGAAACUACAACAAUGAGGUUCAACACCCUCUGUUCGUGCUUAUUUCUAUUGGCGGCUGUUAAAGCCCAUCCUGAAGGUUCCUGGAAAUGGGAAUCCUCUUCAAGUCAGUCCAAUCCCACCACAGUAGCUCCUACUGCCCAACCGGCUGCUGACGACUCUCUGCAUCUUUCAAUCGCUGAUGCAAAUGGUAAACUUCCGGCAAGUGCAGAACUGCACGAAGAGAGUUCCACUGUCGAUGAUGUCGAAACAGCAGCUGAUGCUAUUCUUCACUCGACUAGGACAGGCAAAGUCAUCAACACGUACGAAGCUGUUUAUGAAGAUCCAUCUAUUCAAAAGGCUCUUCAAGAAGGCAAAGACACUGAAGCCCGUACUUACAUCAAAGAGAAGCUCUGCAAACUUGGUCUGGCCAAAGAGUGCGCAAAGUUAGCUGCCAAAUCCUACGGUCCUAGUGGACACAAUGGCCUCCAUGGCGGCAUUGGCAUCGAUCCUAACAUUGUUUCAUAUGUUCAGCCCGUAGCCAUUGUACCAGCCGGUGCUCCCAUUGCUGCAGUUCCACUUGGAGUGGGCGCUGGCCAGUUCAAACAACACGGCAAAGGCCAAGUUGGCAAAGUCAAAGGCUAUGGAGCUCCUCCCAGCAGCUAUGGAGCUCCUUCACUUCUCCCUCCAAACACGUACGGCGCUCCUGGACUUGGUGGAUUCGGUGGACUUGGUGGUUUGGGAAGCCUAGCUCCUCCUCCUAUUCCUGCAGCUCUUCCUCCUGCUCCCGUUCAACACAUCCAUCAUCACCAAACCGUUGGAGUUCCUCCAAUCAUCCCAGGCCCUUACGGCGCUCCUCCACCUCCACCACCAAUCUACAAAUCACCUCCUUCAUACAAUCCUGCCCCUCCUGUUUACAAUCCUCCUCCUAGACCAUCCUACAGCAACCCACCUCCUGUUUAUAACGCAGCUCCUUCUCGUCCGUACGCUCCUGCCCCAAUCCAACCCUACAGCAACGGAGGUAAUGCAUUCGCUCCACGUGACCAGUGCGUGUGCGUUCCAGUUGAACAAUGCCCGUCCUACGAUGUCAUCGGCCGCGUCGCUGACUACCAAAUUGAUCCCCGUUCAAAAUUGAACUCGACCAUCGUAGCUGAUGAAGCCGACAUUGUCAUCGUGAAGCAACCGGAAGGGCGCCAACUCGCAUCUCCUUCAAAAGACUCGACACGUCGUAAACGUCAGAGCUUCCACAACAGGCAGACCAUCGUCGGAGACGAUACCAUCACCGUUGUCUCAUCUGAUUCUUCCGCUUCGCAAUCCCCUUUAAAUCCUCCUAUCAGUGGACCUGCCCCGAUUGCCCCGAUUGCUGAGACACCCAUUUCUGAAGAUUUAGAAUCAAUCAGCGUUGAUGCUGCUGAUUCCGUUCCUGUUGCUGGUGGUGGAUCCUCUCCUGUUGCUGCUUCUCCACCUGCUGUAGCUGGUGCUCCUGCUUCCGUCGGUGCAGUCGGAGGUAGUCUGUUGAGCGCUCUGAAGCGAUUCGUGGAGCCGACGUUUGGUCUUUCGUUCGGUUUACCGGGCGGCGCCUUCGGCGGCGGCUAUCCGUUGAAUCCGCUGGGCAACAAUCCGCUAGUCAAUCCGUACGGCGGAGCGAUCGGCGGCGACGGUGUCAAUUUCGGCGCGUUCAACGUCAAUCCGCUCGUGUCGCUCCAGCUGGGCAAAGGCGAGUCGGGUAAAAAAUUUAGACCGUUGGUUAACUUCCACAUCACUCCCAGUGCUGAGAAGUUGGCCGAGAAAGGUCUGAUUGGUUCUGGUGGGGUCGGUGGUAUAGGACCGGGUAUAGGCGGGUUCGGUGGAGUAGGACCCGGUGUCGGUGGACUCGGCGGUCUAGGUGGUUUUGGUGGACUGCCUUUCCGGCAAUUGACCAAAGACGAACAACCGUUUGGACAUCAAACAGACAACAACCAAAGUCCAGUAGGGUCGGUGAAUAGUUAUUACAAUGACUUUGUGAAACAAGGAGGCUCAGAAGAACCAUUCAGAUUUGCCGACACGACCAAUACGGGACUAUCGUUCAACAACCAAAGUCCAGUAGUGUCAAACAGUAAUGAUUACGAUGUCAAACAGGGAGGCUCAGCAGAGCCGUUCAGAUUUCCGAGUACAUCAGUCAACGCCAUCAGACCGCUGAGAUCGGCCCGCGAUGGGCCUUACGGAGAGGAGGCUGAGUUGAACCUGGGCGAGGUUGGACAAGGACUACAAAGAUCGGGUCAGGCGUCCGAAGCCUCUUUCAAAAUCGGCCAUCACGGCUACAAGGCUUUUGAGAAGGCUUUCGGCAAAGGCUAUGGCGUCCCAUUCCCAGUUGCUACACCUGUCGCCGUACCCCAACCCUACGGAGUACCUUAUGCUGUGCCUCAACCCGUCCCCGUUGCCCAACCUUACGCUGUACCUCAACCUGUUCCAGUACGAGUUCCCGUAGUGCAACACGUCCCAGUCCAAGUGCCUGUUCAAGUUCCCGUACGAGUUGAAGUUCCCGUUCACGUCCCGGUCCGCGUUGAAGUUCCGGUGCGCGUCGAAGUGCCUGUGCCCGUGGCGGCGCCUUACCCAGUCCCUGUACCUUACGAGCAACCGGUUCAGGUUCAUCAACACUAUCAUCAUCAACACCCAGUACCUCCACCGGUGCCCCACUAUCCCCCAAAAGCGUCCGUCUACCGACCUCAUCCAGGAGCUUACGGCUCGCCCACGUUCGGCUAUAGCGGUCCAGUACCUAGCUACUCUGCGCCAGUGGCCAGUUAUGGGCCAACGCCUUAUUCUAACUCGGGAGGGAAGGAAACACCUUACGCAGGUCAAGCGCAGGCACAUUACUCGGCGGAGGGCAAUCAGCAAACGGCACAGGUGCACACAGCAACUGGGUACGAUUCGAUCACGGUUCAAUCCGCUGCCAAUGACUACACGUUCCGUGAUUCGGAAAACAAUGGCCAGCCUAAAACUCGAACUAGUGGAGUCCGAUUUGUCGAUUCUCGUUCGGGUGAAUCCGAUUCAUCCUCCUCUCCUGCUGCAUCCUCUUCUUCUUCCGCUGUUAAGUUUGAACAAGCCAAGCGGAAGCGCUCGGCAGACGAACAAGAUUUCGUUGAAACAGACGCAAGCCAACCCCAACCAGAUACCAAUGAGGGUCGAGAUGCCCGUCAACUAGGAGGAAGUUCCUUUUCCGGCGGAUAUCCAACUUGUAGAUAUUCUGAAGUCUGUUGUCGUAGUUCUCCGGCUGCCAAUCGAUACUCUAACGGAGCAGCUCCAGGCACUUGUGGACGCAGAAACCCACAAGGAAUCAACGGCCGCAUCAAGACUUUGCCCUAUGCUGACGGAGAAGCUGAAUUCGCUGAAUAUCCAUGGCAAGCGGCCAUUUUGAAAAAAGAUCAAUACGACAACGUUUAUGUCUGCGGAGGAGCCCUUGUAGGACCUUCUCACAUCCUCACUGCUGCUCAUUGCAUUAAAGGAAACGCUCCUGGUGAUCUGAGAGUGCGUUUGGGUGAAUGGGAUGUCAACCGCGAAUCUGAAUUCUACCCUCAUAUCGAGAAAGACGUAGUCUCUGUCAUUAUCCAUCCGGAAUAUUACCCAGGCAACCUUUACAACGAUAUUGCCAUCGUCAAGUUUGAAGGCGUCGUCGACUUUUCUUACAAUCCUCACAUCGCUCCUGCCUGCGUUCCUCAGAGAUACCAAGAAUUCGUUGGGUCUCGUUGCUGGGUCACUGGAUGGGGUAAAGACGCUUUCGGUACCGGAGGAAAGUACCAGAAUAUUCUAAAGGAAGUGGAUGUGCCUGUAGUUGGUAAUGCUGAUUGUGAGAACAAAUUGCGUCGUACACGACUCGGAUACGAUUUCAAAUUGCAUUCGGGAUUCCUCUGCGCUGGAGGAGAAGAAGGAAAAGAUGCCUGCAAGGGUGAUGGUGGUGGUCCACUAGUGUGCGAGAACCGCGGCAGCUGGUUCCUGGCCGGGCUCGUCAGCUGGGGUGUCGGUUGCGGUCAGUACGACACUCCCGGUGUGUACACGAAAGUUUCUGAAUUCUCCGACUGGAUCCAAAAGAAUAUUAUCUAUUAAUCCUAAGGCGUGCAUCGUUUAACCGUAUAUAUUAAAGAAUCGACGGCGAUGAAGAAAGCUAAGAAAUAUUUAAAAGAGAAAGAUAAAACAUUCACCAUUUUUUCAUUAAUUUGAUUACUACUGUUAUACAGAGUCCCAUUUCUCACAUCAGUUUUAUACUAUUUAGAUGACAAUUAGUUUUAGUCGAAAGUAUUAGUGAUUGUAUACCUUUUAUUUUGUCUCAGUAAUGUUUCGCAGAAUUAUAUAUCUACUACACUGCUGUUCCAAGCUGUGUAGAUCCCUCCGUAGCGGCUGAGCCGCCCUUAAAUACACGAAAAGAUGCUUAUCAA